AUGAGGUCUUCGGGAAUCAUCGUCGCUGCUGCUGCGGCUGUCGCCAGCGCUCACUACGAGAACCCUUCUGUUGGCUUCACCACUGUCUACACCCACCCAGCCAACGUCACCAAGCCUACUGAGUACACUACCAGCACGGUCUACAGCACCAAGACCUAUACCAUCACCCAGUGCCCCCCUACUGUUGUCGACUGCCCCGUGGGCCAUGUCACUACCGAGACCAUCGCCGUUUCCACAACUGUCUGCCCUGUCACUGAGGUCCCUACUGAGCCCAGCAAGCCUCAUGAGCCUGUCUACCCCAACCCUACUGAGCCCAAGCCUCAUGAGCCUGUAUCUACUCACCCGGGCCAGGAUGUUAUCACCAAGACUCAGACAUACGCCUACCCUCAUCCUACCAACCCUGGCCAGAGCGUGACCAAGACCAUCACUUACACCGUUCCCAAGGACCAUGGCCACAACGCUACUGCUGUCAACCCUCCUCCUCAUACCUAUCACCCUGUUCCUACUGGUGGUGCUCCCGUCUACCAUAAUGGAACCACACCCGGUUAUCCCGGUACCCAUGGUGGAAAGACUCCUCAGGGUGAAGAGAGCGGCAACGAUGAUGGCACUGACAGCGGAUCCCAUGGUGGCAGCAGCAGCGGCAGCGGCAGCAAGGGAGGCAACGGUGGCUCUGAAUCCGAGGACCACGAGCCCUCGACUUCCUCUGAUGUUCCCGAGACUGUCCAAACUGCUGGAGCUCACAUGAACGCCGUCACUGGCCUGCUCGUUAUCGUUGGCUUCGCCGCCGCCUAUCUGAUCUAA